UCUCCGAACAGUAACACAUCCACUAAACUGCAAGCCUUCAAAAUGCUGUCAGGACUUACGCUGCUACUUUCCAUCUGCCUGGUGGCCAGUGCCUCCAAGGUUCCGCGCCUCAUGCUGGACGAUAACUACGUGAACCGCGUGGUCGGAGGAGAGGAAGCUGCGGAAGGAUCGGCGCCUUACCAAGUGUCGCUGCAAGAAUCUUUCUGGGGGCACAACUGCGGAGGAUCACUGUUGAGUGACCGUUGGGUCCUUACGGCGGCCCACUGUCUUGUGGGAAGCAAUCCGGCUGAGCUGGAAGUGCUGGUCGGCACGAACAGCUUGAAGGAAGGAGGCCAGCGUUACAAGGUGGACAAGCUGUUCUACCACAGUCGCUACAACAAGCCUCAGUUCCACAACGACGUCGGAUUGGUGAAGCUGAAUUCUUCGGUCGAGUUCUCGGACAAAGUGCAGAGCGUCGAAUACUCGGAGCACGAGGUGCCGGUCAAUGCCACGGUCCGUUUGACCGGAUGGGGUCGCACCAGCACCGGAGGUCCUGUGCCGACCAUGCUGCAAACCAUUAACUUGAAGACGCUCAGCAACGCUGACUGCAAGCAGCAAAGCGGUAACCCAGCCAAUGUGGAUGUCGGACACGUGUGCACACUGACCAAGAACGGCGAAGGAGCCUGCAAUGGAGACUCCGGUGGCCCACUGGUGUAUGAAGGCAAAGUUGUUGGCGUGGUGAACUUUGGCGUUCCGUGCGCCCGUGGUUUCCCGGAUGGCUUUGCGAGAGUGUCCUACUACCACGACUGGGUUCGCACAACCAUGGCUAACAAUUAGAUGUUCUCAACCAGCCCAAACUGAUGAAACAUCGCACACCAAUCGCACGACCACAAAACUGCUUGCAAACUGAGAUUUCAAUAAAAAAAGAAGUU